ACAUCAAAUGCAAAUUAUUUGCUUUAUACCGAACUAUAUUGCUUCGAUACGAUAGCAAAAUUGUAAAAAUCUUUCCAUAUUUCGUCGUACAGUCGAAGACAACACAAGUAAAAUGUUCAAGCUAAGUACUGCAUUGAUUUUCAUUAAUUUUCUGAGAGCCAUAUAUGCUCCCGAUCCUCCCAAUACAAGCCCAGCUCUCGUUGAAAUCACUCCAGGACAUGAAUUACCUUUAGUGCUGUUUGAAACUAUUACAGAAGUUGAAACGGUCGUACCAAUAGGUCGGGCGAAAAUAGGCGAAUCAACGAGUAUUGUGGUUGAAGAUGGAGCACUGGCUAUAAGAAAUGAAGCUGCUUUUUUGGAUUUGUUCGCGAACCUGCAACUCAGCGUAAGCAAGCUUCAAGCCCCAGACGACUCGGUUAGACCAGAAGUGAAAGAGGGAAGAUUAGUCAAAGGAACUGAAUUUUUUUCAAACUCGUCACGUAAUCAAGUAUUUUUCUGUCGAAAAGAGGGAAAUGAAUCUGGAUGCUUGGCUCCUCUAGCAUUUACAGAAUCUCAAACAUUAGAAUGUCCCAACGAAGCAAUACCUGAUAUACGCAUGGAGGUAGCACUGGGUAAAUGUGGUCCCCCAAGCGAACCUGGAGACGUGUACAGUAUUGGUUACGAUAUCUGCCCCAAAGAACUGCCUCAUGUAUAUGUGACUGAUCGUAUAGAAUUGUACAACAUAUGCUAUAAUGCGGAUAAAAAGAGUACUAUAUUCGCCCAUCAUAUCAUCACUUCUCCUAAAUUACUCAAAUCAGAUAUGUUGGCUGAAGAGCGCAAAGUUAAAUAUCCGUACAAGGACAGUAAAUUCGAAAAUUCAAUUCUCGAAGAUUCGUUUAAUCCAAAUCUGGAAUCGUUAGUUCACCCAAAGAAGCCCGCCUACAAGUUGAAAAAAUUGGUGCGAGAUGAAAACAUGCCAUUCGGAUUAUUGAGAAAGACUACCUACAAAAAUUACAACGUUAAUUGGCAACAUCAAACACUGGCCCCUCUCUGGGAUGAAAUUAAUGAUUACAUCAGGCCCCAUGCGAUAAAAAUGAUUCAUGAAAAUGAUAAAAUUGACUAUUCCAUUCACACUGGUGUUUUUGACGUUCCCUCAACGUUCGAAGACAAUCAAAUGUCCAAUAUUUGGAUCAGUAUGGUCACCGUCACGCCAAAAUGGAUACGAUAUAUGUUUGAAAUCAUGCCUAGAGGCAUAGUUAUUCUAAUGAAUAAUUUUACUGAUGUGAAGACAGACGAUUCUGUACCUGAAACACCUUCAAGGAAAAGAGAGUUGGCGAUUGAAAACUAUUGUACAGAAAGCAAAUGUACGAAGGCUUUGAAAGAUAAAUUCGGGGGUAAAGGGGGUCGAGUGCGUUGUUGCCCGGUAACUCCAGACAUUGGUAAGUUAUUCAAUGUACCCGUCUUGAGGACUUUGCCAAUAUUGGAUAUUCCUGGUAUAAACGUUGAAAAAACAGACCCAUGAGGGUAUUCAUUUUAUUCUACGAGUAUGUUAGCAUAAAUAUAUCUAAUUCAUUACAGGAUUUAUAGCAUUAAGUCAUAAUAUUAAUGUAAGUCUUUUUUUUCGUUUGUUUUUCUUUUUUUCUUUCUUUCGUUGAAUAGUUUUAACAAUAUAAUUAGUAUUCUGUAAAUAAUGUGUUGCAAAUUGAAUAAAAAAUUUCCAGCAUUGGAA